AUGGUAUAUUCCAAGAGAAGUCCAGGUUCCUGGCGCCUGCUGCUCUCGCUUCUGCUCCUCUCAGUCCGGGAGUCCGUUAGCGGCCAGGUCCGCUACUCGGUCCCGGAGGAGACCAAACACGGCACCUUCGUGGGCCGCAUCGCCCAGGACCUGGGGCUGGAGCUGGCGGAGCUGGUGCCGCGCCUUUUCCGACUGGCGUCCAAAGGCCACGGGAACCUUCUGGAGGUGAAUCUGCAGAAUGGCAUUUUGUUUGUGAAUUCUCGGAUCGACCGGGAGGAGCUGUGCGGGCGGAGCGCGGAGUGCAGCAUCCACCUGGAGGUGAUCGUGGACAGGCCGCUGCAGGUUUUCCAUGUGGAGGUGGAGGUGAAGGACAUUAAUGACAACCCGCCCAGGUUCUUCCGACAGGAACAAAGAUUAUUUAUUUUAGAAUCAAGAAUAGUGGAUUCUCGGUUUCCACUUGAGGGUGCAUCUGAUAUGGAUGUUGGAGCAAAUGCAGAAUUGAGAUACAAAUUAAAUCCUAAUGAAUAUUUUGACUUGGAUGUUAAAGCAAAUGAAGAAGAAACAAACAUUUUAGAGCUAGUCUUGAAGAAAGCAGUAGAUCGAGAAGAGAUUCAAGAACAUCUUUUAUUACUGACUGCAAUUGAUGGAGGAAAACCUGAACUAACAGGUACAGUUCAAUUAUUGAUCAAUGUAUUGGAUGCGAAUGAUAACGCCCCAAAAUUUGAUAAAUCAAUUUAUAAUAUCCGAUUACUAGAAAAUGCACCGAAUGGGACAUUAGUUAUUAAGCUGAAUGCCUCAGAUGCGGAUGAGGGCAUUAAUAAGGAAAUACUGUAUCUCUUUAGUAAUCUUGUUCUUGACAACGUCAAAUCUAAAUUUAUAAUCGAUUCGAAUAGUGGAGAAAUAACAGUAAAGGGAGAACUGGAUUAUGAAGAUUGUAAUUUAUAUGAAAUUAAUAUCGAUGCUGUAGAUAGAAGUCCAUUCCCAUUAACUGGACACUGCAAAGUAAUAGUAAAACUCCUGGAUGAGAAUGAUAAUACCCCAGAGAUGGUCAUAACCUCCAUAUCCCUGCCGGUGCAAGAGGACGCUUCAGUAGGAACCAUCAUCGCCCUGAUCAGUCUGUCCGACCGUGACUCUGGCGCCAACGGGCAGGUGACCUGCUCACUAGCACCCCAAGGCCCCUUCAAGCUGGUGUCCACCUUCAAGAAUUACUAUUCGCUGGUGCUGGACAGCGCCCUGGACAGAGAGAGCGUGGCGAACUACGCUCUGGUAGUGACCGCACGCGACGGAGGCUCGCCUUCGCUGUCGGCCACGGCCAGCGUGUCCGUGGAGGUGGCCGACGUGAACGACAACGCGCCGGCAUUCGCGCAGCCCGAGUACACGGUGUUCGUGAAGGAGAACAACCCGCCCGGCUGCCACAUCUUCACGGUGUCGGCGCGCGACGCCGACGCGCAGGAGAACGCGCUGGUGUCCUACUCGCUGGUGGAGCGGCGCGUGGGCGAGCGCGCGCUGUCGAGCUACGUGUCGGUGCACGCGGAGAGCGGCAAGGUGUACGCGCUGCAGCCGCUGGACCACGAGGAGCUGGAGCUGCUGCAGUUCCAAGUGAGCGCGCGCGACGCGGGCGUGCCUCCCCUGGGCAGCAACGUGACGCUGCAGGUGUUCGUGCUGGACGAGAACGACAACGCGCCCGCGCUGCUGCCGCUGCCCGGGGCGCGCGGCGGGGGCGGCGCGCUGAGCGAGCCGGUGUCGAGGGCGGUGGGCGCGGGCCACGUGGUGGCCAAGGUGCGCGCGGUGGACGCGGACUCGGGCUACAACGCGUGGCUGUCGUACGAGCUGCAGCCGGCGGCGGGGGGCGCGCGCAGCCCGUUCCGCGUGGCGCUGUACACGGGCGAGAUCAGCACGACGCGCGCCCUGGACGAGGCGGACGCGCCGCGCCAGCGCCUGCUGGUGCUGGUGAAGGACCACGGCGAGCCGGCGCUGACGGCCACGGCCACUGUGCUGCUGUCGCUGGUGGAGAGCGGCCAGGCGCCCAGGCCGUCGUCGCGGGUGUUGGCGGGCGGCGCGGGCGCGGGCGCGGGCGCGGCGCUGGUGGACGUCAACGUGUACCUGAUCGUCGCCAUCUGCGCGGUGUCCAGCCUGUUGGUGCUCACGCUGCUGCUGUCCACGGCGCUGCGGUGCUCGGCGCCGCCCAGCGAGGGCGCGUGCGGGCCGGGGAAGCCCACGCUGGUGUGCUCCAGCGCGGUGGGGAGCUGGUCGUACUCGCAGCAGAGGCGGCAGAGGGUGUGCUCUGGGGAGGGCCCGCCCAAGGCCGACCUCAUGGCCUUCAGCCCCAGCCUACCUCAUGGACCCAGCUCCGCAGACCUUGUGAGUAUUUAA